AUGAGGCCUUACUUUCCACUCGCCAUUCUAGGCAUUGUGGUCUCGGUUUCCGGAGCUUUCAGCCCAACAUCGAAGAACAAUGUGGUUGUCUACUAUGGACAAGGUCCGAAUCAGGUUGACCUACUUUACCACUGCCAGCAACCAGAAAUUGACGUGAUCAUACUUUCGUUUGUUCAUCUUUUUCCAGCGCAAGCGAACGGCUACCCGGGAACGAACUUUGGAAACCGGUGCGGUGAUCAAGUCUACCCAGGCCCUGGCAACGAUCCGUCAAAAAAUCAGCUGAAAUUGAAUUGCCCAACCCUCAAUGCUCAAAUUCCUGUGUGUCAGCAACAGUAUGGCAAGAAGAUAUUGUUGUCUCUUGGAGGCGGGGUCACAACCUACCAGCUCACAGGAAAAGCCGAAGGCGAGCUCCUGGCGACAUACCUGUGGAAGAUGUUCGGCCCCAGAGACCCUAGUUGGACCGGGCCUCGCCCCUUUGACAACAACGGACAGGCUGUUGAAGUUGACGGUUUUGACAUGGACAUUGAACAUCCAUCAACAGACAACUCCGCUGGCUACAUCGCCCUCGUCAGUCUCUUACGAACUUUUUACGCAUCAGCGACGAAGCCAUACUACUUGACCGGCGCUCCCCAGUGUAUUGUGCCGGACGCCAGCAUGGCGGCCAUGAUAUCUAGCGUCAAGUUCGACAUGAUCUUUGUCCAGUUUUACAAUACUCCUAGCUGCUCAGCCGCCACCUGGGUCUCGAGCAACCCGUCCUAUGUUCCUGGCCAAUCCUUUCAGGGGGGUGGGUUUACUUUUGACUCAUGGGUUCAAUGGCUAUCAAACACGCCGAGUCGGGAUGCAAAGGUGUUUAUCACAUUGCCUGGUUCGCCCGACGCUGCCAAUCCAGGGAACUAUAUAACCCAUGACCAAGCCAAGAACCUCAUCAACGCAUAUUAUUGCCGGCCGUCCUUCGGAGGUGUUGCCGUAUGGGAAGCGACGCGAGGAGCCAGUAAUCCAUACAACGGCAAAUCUUUCCAGGCCACAAUGAAAUUGUGGCUUCAGGGAGCUGCGGAAGACGCGCGGCUAGCAAGCUGUCAAGCCCCGGUGGCAUCGUCGUUGCCAUCAUCUGUGCAGCCGACCCAGCCAACCAGCUCGGCCCGGCCCAGUCCGAGCCCCAACCCUCCCAAUCCUGGCCAGCCCGGCGCUUGCGGGGCCGGAGUGGGGCCUUGUGGAAGUGGAUUUUGCUGCAGUGCAUACGGCUAUUGCGGAACGACGACUGAGUACUGCGGCACAGGGUGUCAACCAGCCUUCGGCACAUGCGCGACCGGAGGCGGAAGCGGAGGCUCAGGACUACCGACAUCAACCAACGGAUCGUGCGGCGCCGGAAAGGCGACGUGCAAGGGCAACGGCAUCUAUCAAUGCUGCAGCCAGUGGGGUUUCUGUGGAAACUCCAACGGGUAUUGUGGUGCCGGUUGCCAGUCCGGAUUUGGUAUUUGUAGUUGA